AUGCUUGUAACUCCAGAAAACAAUCAGAACAAUCAAGAUCGACUAGCAAAUGUUAGUCAUUCGGUGUCUGCAGAUUUGCGACAGGAAGAAUCCGAAACAGAAACACGUCUUGCAGAUGAUACAAGAAGUCAAGAGUGCAUAAAUAGCACAGAGAGUACAAGUCCGGAUAACAUAAUCAGUACAGAGAGCAUCAUUCAGAAGGUGGAUUCGAACAGCGAAGCAGCACUAAUCCGACAAUCAGAAGUGGAUAGUACAAUUUAUUAUGUGCUAGGCACGAGGGUUUUCAGCGGGACUGGCCCUCGUAUGCUAUCGCAAGGUGCUCGCAAUGCGUACACGGACGACCUGUACGCACCCGGGGAUGAGCAUGACAAUGUGCGGAUACGAUGGCAGUUUGAUUCAGAAUUAAUGCUUUACGAUGCCACGUGUGCUGCAGCUGUUGCAACAAUCAGGCGUAGAUUUACCCGACACACACAAAACUACAAGCAAAGCCGUAUGGUAGAAAUCGUGUCUUUCGUACCUGCAGCAAGAGAGGCUGUGCUUAAAAGCUUAGAUACAGUCACAGAGUGGGAGGGUGUACAUUUUGGAAACUACCGAACAAAGAAGGUGUUCGACAUAAGCCGAAACGGUGUCCUGGUGCUAUCACUGUUUGAUUCGGAUGACGCCAUCAACCGCAUCGCUUUCUUACAUAAAAUAGAUAGUAUCAGUGGCGCUAAAAAGGGGCCCGUUCCAUUUCAAGGCCAAACCAAGAAUGUCGCUGUUCCAGGAAGUGUCAAAGAUACAGAAUUCUAUUACGUAUCCUUACCGGACACAGCAAACUUUGCCGUGCAACUCGGAGGCCCAUGUGGGUCACUAACGAGAUGUGAUUAUUGCCUACACAAGGGACUUAUGCAGACACAUGCCAUCUACGAACCCAAGUUCGAUGUCUGUCGUUCACGCACAGACUACAGCAACUGCUUACACACCAACCGCGUCAGUCUCUACAAUUUUCAACACAACAAGGUCAACGAAUACUUCGCCGAUCACAUUGUCCCACAUUUCCCCAAAUGCAAGGGCUUCGACCAAGGUAAGACAUACCUCUGUGGCGACGAGAGGUCAGUAUCAAGCCAGACGGUAGUAUGA